AUGGAUCCAUCCUUGUCCCUAUCUGAUGGUGAAAGUGAUGAUGAGAGCUCAUCAAGUACAGUAAGGAAGACAUAUGUUAUCCUUCGUAUGUUGGAAUUUGCUUCCCAGUUAAAGGAGUUGGGGAUGAAAGAUUCAAACCAUGUCACGGUUGAAGAAAUAGUUGCAACGUUUCUUUAUGUCCUCUCUUUUAAUCUGACAAACCGCAAAGUCAGUUUUGAUUUCAUUAGAUCAGGGGAUACUGCUAGUCGAUACUUCAAUAUGGUCCUACAAGCUGUACUAAAACUGGGAGGCAAUAUGUGGUGCAACAUACAACAGAAAUGGAAGGAUUCGAGGAUGAAAAAUGGGACUGGUUUGAGUCUUAUUCGAGUAGAAGAACCUAAUGAUCCAUUACUGGAAGAAGUUGAUCAUGAGCUUCUUAACCGAGUUAAUCCAGAUGGUGAUGAUCAGAAUGAGGAAGAACAGAAUCAGCCAAACAUGCAAGGUGGUGCGAAUGUUGAAGACUCUGAUCGCAUUACACUUGUGCAAUCUACACAUGAGUGGACUAGAUUUAGAGAUGCAUUAGCUCAAGCUAUGUUUAUUGAUUAUCAAAACAGGCGUAGAUGA